GUAUGUAGUAUGGCACGUUAGUAAAGAACGCGUCACGUCACUAAGAUAUAAACCAUGUAACACUUAUUAACAGUGAAAAAGACCGGAUUUCGGCCAGAGGCUAUAUUUAGAACACGGUUUUAUGUAAUUUUGACCAUCGAAACCAUUGUUGUAUUGUCAGUUGUUCGUGUGACAGGAAGUAGAUGUUAGAGGAAUUCACGCUAAAAAUACAAUGUUUUCGAAGUCAAUUUCUAGGCACAUGACGUAUAAAAACGUACGGAGGUAUUUUAAUUCUGUCUUGAAUAAUGAAACUCUGGCUUCUGUGAUAAGUGUUGAAUGUAAGGACUCGAUAGAUCGCUUUCUGGACAGAUAUGAUACGUUUAUGUUUGACUGUGAUGGUGUUUUAUGGAGAAAUGAUCAUAUAACACCAAUACCUGGUAUAAACAAUGCAAUACAAAAGUUACAAUCACUUAAUAAACGCAUUUUGUAUGUAACUAAUAACAGCAUUGUAUCACGUGAUUCGCUGCAACGGAAGUUUCACAGUCAUGGAUUUGAAUCACCUCUAGAAAACAUAUUUGGCAACGGAUACUCGGCAGCCGUUUUCAUUAAAGAGCUUCUAAAAGUGUCUGGAAAAGUUUACCUCGUUGGUGGUGCUGGGAUGAAAUGGGAGUUGGACCAAGUCGGUUUGGAAUCCGUUGGAAUGGGCUCGGAUUCAGACACCCCUUCGUCGGAUGUUAACGAUCUGCUUAAGUAUAGAUUACAUGACGAUAUCGAAGCAGUGCUUGUAGGUUUUGACGAACAUUUUAGCUUCAAUAAGAUAUGCAAAGCUUCCACGUAUAUCAGUAAUCCACAAUGUCAUUUCAUUGCAACAAACAGUAUAGAAAAAGGGACGUUUAUUGGUCAAGCAGACAACAGACGGCGUAUGCCUUUAACUGGCAUGAUGGUUAAUGCAAUAUCUGAAACAGCUAAUAGAAUUCCAGUGAUUGUCGGUAAACCUAAUACAGUCAUGUUUGAGUGUAUCAAAAAGAAACACGAUAUAGAUAACAGUCGCACAGUGUUUAUUGGUGACAGCCUCAAGGCCGACAUGGGAUUUGCUAAAACAGUUGGGAUAGAUUCUGCCUUAGUUUUGACAGGUGUAAGUAGUCUGAAAGAUUUAAGAGAUUGUCCAGAUUUGACUCCAACUUACGUCAUUAAUUGCUUUGCGGACAUUGUGACAUAGUUAAUAUUUUAGCCACCCCAUGAAAUCACUACAUGUUCACGGAACUGACAGACUUAACUGCGGCAUGACUACAACAAUUAUUUGAAGAGCAUGUUGACUAUGCAUUUAGUAUAUUUAUUAUAAAUCUUAACGUUUUAGUUUUAACGUUAUUAUUAUUUUACAUAAAUGUAUAUUUUACAUUGUUAUCUUGCACGUCCAUAGACGCUGUUUGUGACAAGAAAACUCAGGGAUAUAUUUGUUGUAUAUUAUGUUAUUCACUCUGAAAUUAAGAUGAUAUUCGAUACUUGCUGACGUACUGGUUACGUGUGCCUGUAUUUACAUAUGUGCAUUGUAUUUUAAAACUACAUUGUUUAACU